AUGAACACUGGUUGCAACCAAAGUCAGCAAAGUUGCAGUGCUAACGAAACGCGGUGCGAAAGAUCCCAUCGUUGCCACGUGUGUAAAAAAAAUUUGGUCCCCUCGAGUACCCACACCGCAGAACGGCCCCACAAGUGCCAAACGUGUCCACAAGCAUUUGGUACUGCAGAUAGUCUGGCGAGGCAUAUGAGGACCCAUACAGGGGAGAAGCCCCACAAGUGUAUGGUGUGUUCACGGGAGUUCAGCCAAAGUAGUCAUCUGGCAAUCCACGUGAGGAUCCAUACAGGGGAGAAGCCCCACAAGUGCUGGGUUUGCAUGCAAAGUUUCAGACUAAAGUCCCACUUGACGAACCACAUGGGCAACCACACCGCAGAACGGCCCCACAAGUGCCAAACGUGUCCACAAGCAUUUGGUACUGCAGGUUAUCUCGUGAGGCAUAUGAGGACCCAUACAGGGGAGAAGCCCCACAAGUGCUCGGUUUGUCCACAAGCAUUUGGUACUGCAAGUAGUCUCGUGAGGCAUAUGAGGACCCAUACUGGGGAGAAGCCCCACAAGUGCUCGGUUUGUCCACAAGCAUUUGGUACUGCAAGUAGUCUCGUGAGGCAUAUGAGGACCCAUACUGGGGAGAAGCCCCACAAGUGCUCGGUUUGUCCACAAGCAUUUGGUACUGCAAGUAGUCUCGUGAGGCAUAUGAGGACCCAUACUGGGGAGAAGCCCCACAAGUGCUCGGUUUGUCCACAAGCAUUUGGUACUGCAAGUAGUCUCGUGAGGCAUAUGAGGACCCAUACUGGGGAGAAGCCCCACAAGUGCUCGGUUUGUCCACAAGCAUUUGGUACUGCAAGUAGUCUCGUGAGGUACAGGAACAAUUUGUUCAUUCGUGAUGAUAAUCAAUGGUGA